GACAGGAGCAUGGACUUUGCAUUUCGUUCGCGGUAAUUUGUUGACCGCGGACACAUGGACCCGAAGCUGGUAUGGCCACAGCAUGCUUCUUCUUACCCGAGGGUUGACGAACUCUCUUCUUGCAAAUGUCUCAGAUGGCUGGCGGUAUGGCUACAUGAUGGCUGGUGCCCGUUGUCCACGUCGAUGCCUUGCUUAGGCUUCAGGCUGGGGUGCAUGGUCGGAUGCUGUGGUGUGCCGUCUUCCAUUCAUGUCUCCGCAUGUUCCGUCUGCUUCGUAUAGCGAUGCGGGCAGAUCUCACGGCUAUCACAUACUAAUGCUCAUGCAACGGAUCAAUAGAGCUUACCGGCGGGGUAGCCUCAUCGCGAUCCGGGCUAUUGCUUUCCGGAACAUGAUGGAGUAUAAGUAGGCUGGAUAUUUCCCAGAAGAUGGAAGGUUAGUGGUUCUUCCUUACUAUCGUUCACGAUGCCUUCCUUCUCUACCCUUGUUGGCGCCCUCCUUGGUGCAGCCUCUUUGGCUGCAAGUGCCGCUGUUCCGGUUUCUCAACCCUUCGAACAUGUCAAGGCCAAGAGACAGUCCACGAAUGCUACCAGCAGCAGUGGUCUCGAGGUCGACUUGGGAUAUGAAGUUUACGAAGGCUACAGCAACCAGACUACAGGCAUCAACAUCUGGCGAGGCAUCCGAUUUGCUGCACCACCGACUGGAUCAUUGCGCUGGCAAGCACCUCAAGUUCCUGCAGAGAACCGUUCGCAGACCAUCCAAGCCAAUGCUUUCGCGCCUCAGUGCCCCCAAUCUUCUUUCAACGCUUACGGAAGAACUGGUGCGAGCAUGCUCUCAGAUGAGGAUUGUCUGUUCCUUAACGUCUAUGCUCCGGAGAAUGCAACCAAUCUCCCUGUACUUGUCUGGAUCCACGGUGGUGGCUAUGGACUUGGAAACGGCCAACAGGAUAUGCAAGCCAUAAUCAACACUAACAACAACUCUUUCAUUGCUGUAGCUAUCCAGUACCGUCUCGGUGCUUUCGGUUUCUUGUCUUCUGAUGAAGUCGACCGCUUCGGCUCGGUCAAUGCUGGAAUCUUGGAUCAAACUUUCGCUCUCCAGUGGGUGCAAUCCUACAUCUCUUCUUUCGGUGGAGACCCCCGCUCUGUAACCAUCUCUGGUGAAUCUGCUGGUGGUGGUGCUGUCAUGCUGCAGACCAUGGCUUAUGGCGGUACUUUGGGCACCUCGUUGUUCAAGAACGCCAUUGCGGCUUCUCCUUACCUGCCCAUGCAAUACGGAUACAAGGAUUGGGUGCCCUCGCAAUCCUACUACGCCUUUGCAGGUCUUGCAAACUGCAUGCCCAACACACCUUAUGGAUCUUCAUCUCGCACCAUCUUCGAAUGCUUGGUCAACCAAGACACCGAUACCCUACAAUACGCCAGUUUCAAUGUCUCCACUACAGGCACAUUCGGUACUUGGGGCUUCUUGCCUGUCACAGAUGGCGUCUUUAUCCAAGAUGUGCCUAGCCAACAACUUCUCGAGAAGAAGGUCAACGGUCAGAACCUUCUUGUCGGCAACAAUGCAAACGAGGGCCCUCUCUUCGUUCCUCAAGAUAUCGACACCGAGGCCGAUCUCGUGGCUUGGCUCGAACUUACCUUCCCUCUCUUCUCCAACGAUGAUAUCGCCAGAAUCCUUCGCUACUACCCCAGCUCCAACGCAACAGACUCUCCUUCUGCCGUCGACUUUGCAACAACAGGCGACUCUGGCCCUACUGCUAUCAACGUUUCCUCCGUAGCCACAGGCCAACAACAACGCGCCAACAACAUCUACGCCGAGACCACCUUCGUCUGCCCCUCCUACUGGAUGGCCGAAUCCUACACCGGCGGCGACAGAACCUCUUUCCGCUACCAAUACUCCGUCCCCGCCGCUCAACACGGCGCCGAUGUAUCAGGCUACUUCGGUCCCGCCGCCCCCACUCAAGGUCCAGCCUUCGAAGCCGCAUUCAUGUCCAUCUGGGGCCAAUUCGUCAUCAACGACAACCCCUCCAUCCCCACCAAUGUCGCAGGAGAGGGCGGUCAAGCUGCUGUCAAUUUCCCGCAAUUCAAUGUUUGGAAUCCUCUGCAGGUUAAUCUUAACCAAACUGGUGGGCAAGAGGUCAGCUCGAAUAUCGUGCAAGGUGUUAAUGCUACGGUGUAUGUGGGACCUGGGCUUAGCAAUGAGUUUGAGGUUGUCAACGCUUAUGAUUGGGAAGGUGGAAGAGGGCAGAGAUGUGAUUUUUGGAGGGCGGUUGCUAAGAUCGUGCCUGAGUAGAAGAGGUCAUCUGACGAGAGGAUGAUUUGAAUUAGUAAUGGGAAGGAUAAUCCGGGAC